GCAUGGUUCGAAUCAAAAAUAGAUACAUAGCGGUGCAAAUUGUGCCCUAUACACCCACGCAGACCCUCCGUCUGAACGAUCACAGUCUAGCCAAGUGCCUGCUGCAGAAUGUGGAAAAAUACUAUGGCGUCUACGGACUCGGCAUUAUAGAGCAUGGAUUUCGUGUAAAAUAUUGCAAUGAACGCACCAAAAUAGCCAUUAUACGCUGUCUGCAUCGUGGUCAGCGUUUCGUGUCGAGCAUGCUGCCGCUGAUUACUCUGAUAGGCGACGUGCGAGCCAAGUUCCGCACUCUAUACAUUGGCGCCACAAUCAUACAGUGCAACAAGUUUAUCAUCAAGCAUCAGAAGCAGUUCCUGGAUCGCGUGAUGGGACAAGUGGAAUCUGCCAAGGAACGGCAGGAUCUGUUCAAGCGCGUAAUGGAGUUGGACAUGGAUAGAUAGAGAUUAAUUAAACUAGAAGCUGAUUUGUAUAGUAUAUAAUUAAGUAAUUGUAGUACAUAGCUUUCUUAUAGAAAGCCGUUGUUCCGGUUUGACUAAAAACUAGUGCAUAUUUUUGGUAUUCAAAUUA